UGCGACAAAAUCCGUAUUCUAGUCACACAUCAAAUCCAAUUCAUACGAAAAGCGACACAAAUAUUGGUUUUGAACGACGAGGGAAAGUGUCUGGGAUUGGGAUCCUAUGAUGAGCUCCAGUCCCGGGGCUUAGACUUCAUGUCUAUUCUCAGCGAUCAGGAGAGGGAAGCGGACGAUAAGGCAGAGCAAAAUAAGGAGGACUGCGACCAAAUGGACUGUUUGACAACUAAAAAUAACAGAGAUGUGAUUAUCUACUCCUCAAUGAUGGCCGCGCUGUUCAUCGCAUCCCUAUUGAGAGCCAUCACAUGGUUUGUGAUGUUUAUGAGGGCUUCAGUUAAUCUCCACAACAGUAUGUUUUAUCGUCUAUUACGGGCUCCGAUAUCUGUGUUUGACAGCAACCCAAUUGCACAGAGUCCUGUGUUUUCACACGUGAGCACUACAUUCAAUGGGUUGGCCAGUGUUAGGGCCUUUGGGGCGCAAGAAGUGUUUGAGAAACAAUUUUAUGUAUACCAAGAUGAUCACUCGGCCACCUGGAUGCUCGUAAUCGCUGCUACCCAUGCAUUUGGUUUAAUUAUUGACGUAAUGUGUUUUCUCUAUACGGUUAUCAUAUUUGUCGUGUUUAUGGUAUUUCCCGGUCAGUUGGGAGCGGGAGAGUCGGGGCUCGCUUUAUCAUCAGCACUGAUGUUGACUGCAAUGACUGAAUGGGGUGUCCGUCAGUCGGCAGAAGUGGAGAGUCAGAUGACUUCAGUCGAGCGCAUCAUUGAGUACUCAAAACUACCACAAGAGGCGGCCCUCACAGCACAUGAUAGCCAUAAACCCCCUCCCGAUUGGCCACAGAAGGGACAGAUAGAGCUCAAGGAUAUGAGUUUGUGUUACGAGGGAUCAGACAAACCGGAGUGUGUGGUUCGUAUGGGACAACCAAUACUACUGGGAUUAAUGACAGCUAAGCUCACUGACACUCGGCUCAGGCAUAUGGUUGAGAUCAUAUCCGGUAUGCGAGUCAUUAAAAUGUAUUCUUGGGAACAGCCCUUCGCAGACCUCGUGGCUGAGGCACGAAACUUUAUCACCUUGGAAAGUCCGUUUCCAACCCUUCAGAAUAUUUCGGUACAUUUAAGACCCGGCGACUUAUUAGCUGUGAUCGGACCCGUGGGGGCCGGAAAGGAUCACACAGCGAUGCUAUACGUUAACCACAAUUCGGGUGAUGCACAAAGAAUAGAUUAG